AUGGCUACGGAUGUAUUAGAUGAAAAUCGUUUUAAAAAUCAAUGUUCUCUAUAUGAAUCAACUCGUGUUCAAUUAAGUAAAGACUCUAUAAAUCAUCCUCCAACAACAUCGACAGUAUUAAAUUCACCAUCAAUGUCUACAACUACUCAUAAUCGACGUGUUAAAUAUCCAACACAAACAAAUUUGCCUUCAUCUCAUUCAUUAUCGAAUUCAAUUCAUAAUCGACAUUCUGGUUCUUCUGAUAUAUUCACUUUUAUUCGUUCGUUUGCAAUGAAACCUUUUAAAACAUCGUCAAUGACAAAUGCUGUAGCUGGAGGAGAAACAAGCAAUGUUAUAGGUGGUAGUAAUAUGCGUAAUAAAUCUUCUGUCAGUCUCCUAAGAUAUCGUCCAUUGAGUGACGUUUUGACCGAUCACACUUCUUAUACACAAUCUAAUCAUGCAGUUGAAGAAUUUCUUAAACAUAUGGAAUGGUCAGUAAAUUCAACAACAGAAGAAACACGUGUAAAAUGGAAUACAGCUAUGAAAUUUUUAAUUCCGACUAAAUAUGAUGUUAAUCGAGCAAUUGAUUUGUAUAAAAUGCAUGAGCAUCUUCGUAAAAUAGAAAAACUUGAUCGUAUUUGGAUAAAAAAUCCUUAUCUUAUUCGUGAAAUUGAAUCAAGCAAAUUUUUUCAACUGUCACAAUUACCAAAUCAACCAUUAACAGUUGUAUUUACAGCAUCAAAUCUUAAUUAUUCAACAAUUAAUGAUUCACUUUCACAACAAGAUUAUGAAUUAAUUACAUUACAAGCAUUAGUUUGUCAACUUGAUGUUGCAACUGAAAGUAUUGAAGUUCAACAAAAUGGUAUAAAUUUUAUUUAUGAUAUGCAAAAUUGUUCUACAUCACAAUUCAAUAUAAAUCUUAGUAAAAAAAUUCUUAAACUUCUUCAAGGUGGUUAUCCAGCAAUGUUAAAAAAUAUAUUUGUUAUAUCAGCUCCGAAAUGGUUUAGAGUAACAUUCUUUACAGUAGAUCAAAUACGUGAAUGUUUAACAACACAAUAUGGUUAUUCAUUAGAUAAUAUUCCAAUAUCAUUAAGUGGUACUUAUGAUCCAACAAUUACUGGUCAUACUCGUUAUCAAAUGUGUUUAUCAAAAGUAACAAAUAAUCAUUCAAUAUGUUAUUCUUAUUAUUCUCUUGAUUAUCAACCAAUGACAACAAAAUCAACGAAUGAUAAUUUUCUUUUUGACAGUGGUCAUUAUAAUCAAGACAAAUCGAUCAUUUCAUCAAAAACAAUAACAACGCCUUCGCCAUCAUCACUUGUUCGACUUGUUUCUUCAAAACGUAAUAAUGAAUCAUUAUCAUCAUCACAAGUGCGUAUGCGAAAACGUGAAUCAUCAUUAUCGAAUGAUCAUGAUAAACGCCGACGAUCUAAUGACAGUCUUAUUGAAGAAGAAUCACUUACAAUGAAUUUAUCAUCAUUAUCACGAAAAGAAAAUUUUGAUGAUCAAUUAAAACGAAAUGAAAAUUAUCAUUAUUCGUAUACGGAUCAAAAACAAAAAAAUGAUCAUAAUGUAGGAAAUAUUAUGAAUGAAAACGAAUGUCGUGAAUUGAAAUGUAAUACUAAACGAACACCAAUAAUAAAUAGUUAUAAACCAUUAAAUGAAAUGGAAUUUUUGUCUAAAACAAAUUCUGAAAUAAGACAAGAAUUUCGUAAAAUGCUAAAUCCACCAGCAAAGGAUACACAUGUUGCAAAAUACGAAGAAAAUCUUGAUAAAUCUCGUUAUCGUGAUGUUCUACCAGGUGAAUCAACUCGUGUUAAACUUCAAGAUAAUACUGAUCAAAAUGAUUUUAUCAAUGCUAAUUAUGUUAGUGGUUAUAAUAAUCAAGAAAAAGCUUAUAUAUUUACUCAAGGACCAUUACAAGCAACAGUUAAAGAUUUUUGGCGUAUGAUAUGGCAAGAAAAUAUAUCUAUUAUAGUCAUGACAACAAAUAUUCGUGAAUCCGGUACAAUGAAAUGUUAUCCAUAUUGGCCAUUAAGAACAAAAGAAUAUCUUAAUAGUGGUUUAUAUCAAAUUCAAAAUGAAAAAUCUGAUCAAUAUGAUAGUUUUAUAAUAACAACAUUAUUAUUAAAGAAAAAGAAUCAUUCCGAAAUUCGAACUAUUUAUCAUGCACAUUAUCUUAAAUGGCCUGAUCAUGGUAUACCAAGUGGAACAAAAGAUGCAUUAUUAUUUUUAGAAAAAGUUGAAUAUUAUAAAGAUUUAAUAAAAACAAAAUCUCCAGUUCUUCUUCAUUGUUCCGCUGGUAUUGGACGUACAGGUACAUUUUGUGCAAUUGAUAUUGGUAUAAAACGAUAUUUAAAUGAAAAAAUUAUUGAUAUACCAUCAACUGUUGUUAAAAUGAGACAAGAACGUGCCGGUAGUGUUCAAACAGAAGAUCAAUAUUUAUUUGUUUAUUUAGCAUUGAUGGAUUUUAUUAAACAACAACAAACUUUACAAGAAAAAAUUCAAAAUUUAGAAUUAACAAAUAGUAAAAUAUCAUUUGAAUUAGAUCAAACAAUUACAGCAUCUUUAAUAAAUACAUCAAAAAUAAUAAAUUUACAAGAAUCAGUAUCUCAACAAGUUAAAAUAUCAAGUGAUUCUUUAGUAACAAAUAUUCCACCUUUAAUAUCAUCUAUAAAUGAAAUUAUUCGACAACAAACUUCAUCAGAAACAAGUUCAUUAAUGCCAUCGACUAAUGACAAUGAAAUAGAUAGAAAAAUUCAUACAUAG